AUUCAGCAGAUCCGCAAAAAAAACAUCACAAGCAGCUGGCGCGCAAACUCGUCGUUUGCUACUUUUGAAUAACCAUUUAUGUUUUGAGUGUUAUUUUGCAAAUUGUAUGUAUACAACUAGCUAAUAGCUUAAAUUUUCAUCUUUGAACGAUCAAUCAUCAUGAGUAAGAAAAGCCAAAUGGCGAAGAUGCUCAAACUUGUGCAAUACGAGCUUGUUGAGAAGGGUCCAUCAAAAGAUACACAGAAAUCUAAAGCAACGGACAGUCAUAUUUCCCCAAAUGUUUCUACCAUUGAGAAAGCCAGUUUCCUUGAUGAGUGCGAUACUUAUGGUAACCCACUGCAUAGCACUGCCCUUGAGGAAGAUUUCAGCCCAAACGUGGCUCAAAACAAAGAGGAAGUGGUGAAGGAGGGGGCAGCUAAGAGAAGAUGGGGCCCAUCCAAAAAGGUUAAUAGUGUGACCCCAAAAAGACCCACACUGUCUGGGAGAGGUCAGACCAAACGGAGAGCUAGCAAAGUGGUCCAGCCAAAGGGAUCUCAACAGAAAAAUGUCAAACCAAAAGCCAGGCCCCAAAAAGAGAUUGCAGAAGGGGCAGGUGAAGAGGAUUUAACAGAAGCUCAGAGCGGGCCUGCUGCACCACAGAAAAACGCAGUCAGAAAGAAACAGGACACAGAAGUGGAUGACUCGAGGUCAUCGGGCAAGGAGGAGGAAAUUGAGGUGUCUGCUCCGGGCUCCAGUCCUCAACCUAGUCAUAAGAAACGUAGAACAUCCCUGUCUUCAGAGAAUCUGACGGAUGAGGAUAUUAGUUGGAAUCCAAUUCAGAACAAGGCCAAACCAGACAAUGUGCGAAAGCACAGGAAGUCCUCAGUUGAGAGGGGUUCGCGGGGUCCGAGGGGGAGUUCGCUGGGUACGAGGGGGAAGUCCUCGUCAGGAAGUGCUGGUCCUUCCAAAAGAGACCAGCAGAAACGAAGGAAUGUAAAAAAUCCCACUGAUCUUGAUGUGGUGUUGGACUCAUUUUUGGAAUUCGUGUCAGAGUAUAUGGAUGCAGUGGAAUCUAAUGCAGUAUUGCAGGCUAUAGAUGCUCUCUCAAGCUCUUUUGAAGAUCAACUCACAGAGAAGAUAACUGCUUCAAAGGAGCUAAAAUUCCUGAAAAGGGACAAUGCAAAGAUGAAUGCUGCCAUUAACCGUAAGAGAGCCAGGCUGCUCGAGGCCAAAAAUGAACUUAUACGGAGUGAGGCCCAAUUGAGGGCCCUGCAGAAGGACCAGUCUCGACUUGAGCAGAGGCUAACAGACAUACGGAAGGGAACCACUUUCUUGAAGGAUCUGGGUCACCUGCACAAGAGCUACCUGGACCAUAGAAUAGCCCACCCUAACCAGGUAGAGGAGUAUGGCCCCUCCAGUCUACCAGCUCUUCUCCUGGAGGCCCGUGAUGUGCUGGGGGCUGAAGAUCAGCUGAAGACUAUCAACGAGAGGCUGCAACAGGCUCUGGACAGAGUGGCUCACAACAAGUGAGCUCCAAGUUGCAAACUAAAUGGUGUAAAUUAAUCAUUCUUCAAUCUCAUUUGCGUGUGGACCUGCUAGACAAUUUUUUAAAAGGAAUAAUCCUGCCAAUUAAACUUUGAGGGGCAGAUGCAUGCUCUCAUCAAGUACAAUAGUUUGAGCCUGUCUUGAUGUUCUACAGGUAUGUUCAUGAUAUUUGGAGAUACUGUAUUGGUUGUAUCUGACGAAUUAUGCUACACUCUUUUAAAGUGUUGAUCAAAGGUCCUUUUGAGAUUUGUAUAUUAAAUCUCAAGUAAGGUAUGUGUUUUAAAAUAAAUGUUUCAGUAAUGAG